AGCCUUCUAGUUUUCCACCCUUCUCACUUCUCGCGCAACAUGUCCUCGACCACUUUCCCUGAACCCCUGCCUCGUCAGACCCUCGGCGUACAAGCGCCCUUUCAUGCUUCACGUUGGAAUAGUGAUGCACAACUUUCUUCCUCUACGCCUCUCCCCAUCUCGCCUCUUGCCACCUUCAACAUUCCAGCGCGCUCCCAGUACCCUUCAAUACUGCCAACCACGCUCUCCUACCGCACCGACUUGCAGUACCGUGCAGCACCUUCUAGUGGAGCUGCGGUAUCAAAACCUGCACCUUGUGUGGUACGGCACGGUCUCUCUGGCUUCGGUCCCAGGAACGCGAUGCUCUUCAAGGGCGCGGUUCUGACCGUUCUGGCUGAGCGCGAGCAGCUCGGGAAGCUGGGCUUCCGCAUGGAGUUCCACGUCUUCGAGAAACAGCCUGAGGCCAACGCAGGAUCGGGCAACGCCUUCCAGGUCGAUUGCGAUGCGACGAUGAACACACCCAUCACCGGCCCUGUCCCCUUCGCCAACUCGCAUAAGAUCCCGGCCAAAUACCAACACAUCGUCAAGGUUGCCACCGACUUGGCCGGUCUUGCCGCUGAGGAGUUGAAGUCCACUGCGGACGAGCACCGGGAGGAGCUCCGCAAGCGCAAUCCUGCCGGGUAUGCACUCUUCAACCAAUCACGCGGCAAGGAUGGGUCCGUCAACGUCAGCACCGCCUGCACCACCCGGGGCACCGUCGGCAAGAUCCAGCGCGCUUCUAUCAACGAGGUCCUCGAGUUCGUGGCGCAGGAGGUCCCCGAGAUCUCGAUCCAUUUCCAUUAUGACCACACCGUCCUCGACGCCGACUUUACCCGCCCCACCGAGCCCAAGCUUAUUGUCCGCAGCAACGGUGACGGCGAGACCAAGACCCACGCGUUUGACUUUGUGCACCUCGCCAACGGCACCACCUGGAAGGUUCCUGUCUCGGACUCGGUCGCUCCGAAGUCCUUCUCUGAGACGCCUAGCCUUGAGUCCGUCGGCGAAUUCCUUUCGCAGCAAGGGCUUCUCGACGAACAGGGUCUCCUCAAGCCCGAUGCCAGGCUGGGCAUCACUGGCAUUUCAUUGUCUGCCUACGACCCCAUCGCCAUCAUCCUCCAGUAUACGAAGAUUAUCCUCACAAACGACCACGGCUACGAGAUCGACGAGGAGGUGGCCAAGCGGUACCAGGGCUUAUUCACCUUCAUCAGCCGCUCAGAGGGUGAGGUUGCACCCCCUCGCCACCACCACUCUCGCGCAUGGCCCGGCAAGACCUCCUUCAUCGACAUGGACCAGGCGCAUGCGAUGUUCCUGCAAAAGGACUUCGACUGGCUCUCCUUCGUCAGGCCCCUCCUCUACCAGAACGUCUCGUACGAGAUCGGCACCACCCCCUCGCAGGUCGACCGUAACAUGUCGACGGUGGAGCGCAUGGACGACUAUCAUCAGCAGACGCUCCAGCACCAGGCGGGCGAGAUGACCGAGAUCGCUCUCCUCCGCGCUGGCUACCAGGCGCUCCUUGACGGCUUCGGCUUCGAGAACAGCCCCGAGACCGCCAACAAGGAUCUCGUCGCCAAGGCUCCCUUCACUCGCGAAGCACGCGCCGGUUGGCUCAUGCGUCGCUCCGCUGCGUCGGAUAUCACCCGUCCCGACUUCGCCAUGGUCAACUCGAACAGCGCGUUCUUCCACCAGUGGAUCAAGCUAAAUUCGACCGUCGCCGCCUCGCCGAUCGCUGUGCACGACAUGAUUGCACAGCUCUUCGCUCUCGGCGUCGCGAACCAUGCUAAGGGCUCGUUUGAGGAGAUCACCUACGUCGAGGACACCGACGAGGUCGCGCUUGGCGAUCACCGCUUCGACGCGAUGUUUGCGCCAAAGACCCUCACGACUACCGCCGACGUCCUCCUCCAGGCACUCAAGGGCAAGGUUAAGGAGAUCGUCCCCGGACUGCCCGAGUAUGCCAAGGGUCGUUUCCUUCAGACCGCCAGCGGAACGUUCAUCCACGCGACGGACCUCGGAUCGGGCGGCCAUGGUGUUCCCAUGGUCCUCGCUGACGGCUCGCUCUCGACGGUCGGCAUGCAGUGGACGGAUACCAAUACACACGCCUCCGGUGCCCACUGGGCGGCUAACGCCUCCCGCAUGCUCGUUCUUCUCAGCGCGAUGAAGGCCAGCGGCUGCGAGUCUCCGGUCGAGGUCCUCAUGGACGACUACCGCCAGUCGCUGCCGGCGACCGACGCGUUCGAGGCUGAGACCGCCUCCUUUGAGCACGCCUGGACAGAGCUCGCCGAGAAACAGUCUUUCCUCGCCGUCUGCGAGCGCGUCGCCGCCGAGGAUGCGACAGCCUACCACACCUACGCUAGCAACGCCUUCGACCGCACCUCUCGCGAGCAGUGUCUCUACGAGCUCACUGAGCAGUUCCCUGGUGUCGACACCUUCUACCGGAAGCGCCUCGAGCGGAUACCGGCGUACAAGCCUGUCAGCAGGGACGAGUUCAUCAAGCGCUACGUGGACUUCACCCCCUCUGAACUCGACAAGUGCUGGAACGCGUUCUUCUCGCGGCAAGAGGAGUCUUCCCGUCGUCCCAGCAAGCGGAUAUCGCUGGACACGACAAUCCGCUUCGCUCAUCCCCCCUCGUACCGGUCACCUGUCACUCCUACAGUUCGCGACGCCUAG